AGGACAUUUGCGGAAGUUUAUUUUUUUGUUUGAAGGGGUGUGUCCCCGUGUCAUUUAUAAAAACCUGCGCUUCAACCAGCAUUCUUCAUGUGACCCAAACCCUUUCUGUGGAGCACACGACAAGCGUCUGACAGCACGAUGGCAGCAGUAACUCCUCUGGUUUCAGCCAACACCAGCUUCUCUCUGGCUCUGCUCAAAACGCUGGGGGACAAAGACAACACCGGAAACCUCUUCUUCUCUCCUUUCAGCAUCUCCUCGGCUCUGGCCAUGGUGUUGCUGGGAGCCAGAGGAAACACAACCGCUCAGAUGUCAGAGGUUCUGUGCUUCACUGAGGCGCAAAAGGUGAAUCAAGCAGGACCAGCGCAGAUGCAGAUGCAACAGAAAGCUCAAACCAAACUGCCACCACAGCUGCUGAAGACCCUGAAAACCCUGGAUGUGAACGACGACCUCCACUCCAGCUUUGGCCAGCUGCUGAGCCAGCUCAACAAGUCGAACGCUCCGUAUGCCCUGAAUGUCGCCAACAGGCUCUACGGCGAGCAGUCCUACCAGUUUGUUCAGGAUUACCUUGAGAGCACUAAGAAGCACUACCAGGCAGAACUGGAGACCGUGGACUUCGCCUCGAACGCCGAGGCAGCCAGGGUCAACAUCAACGGCUGGGUGGAGAAGCAGACACAAGGUAAAAUUAAGGAUAUCCUGGCCCAGGACGCAGUGAACUCGAUGACCCGGCUGGUGCUGGUCAAUGCUAUCUACUUCAAAGGUCACUGGGACAAGCAGUUUAAGGUGGACGCCACCCGCGACGCUCAGUUCAGCGUCAACAAGAAUGAGAAAAAGCCAGUGAAGAUGAUGCACAUGAAAUCAAAGUUUCCCCUGACCUACAUCUCAGAAGUCGCCUGCCAGAUCCUGGAGAUGCCAUACAAAGGGAAGGAGCUGAGCAUGCUCAUCUUUUUACCCAACAACAUGGAGGGUACGACUGGUCUGGAGAAGCUUGAGCAGACGCUGACGUAUGAGAAGUUCAUGGAUUGGACCAAUCCAGACAUGAUGGAUAUGAUCGAGGUCCAGGUGGGCCUGCCUCGGUUCAAGCUGGAGGAGAAAUACGACAUGAAGGCCGUCCUGAUGAGCAUGGGCAUGGUGGACGCCUUCGACCAGGCAAAUAGCGACUUUUCUGGCAUGUCCCCGGCCAACGACCUGUUUGUGUCUGAGGUUUACCACAAGGCCUUCGUGGAAGUCAAUGAGGAGGGAACUGAGGCCGCCGCUGCCACCGCCGCCGUCAUGAUGCUGCGCUGCGCCAUGAUCCCCGCCACCUUCAUUGCGGACCACCCCUUCCUCUUCUUCAUCCGACACAACCCCUCCAAGAGCGUUCUCUUCGCUGGCCGCUACUGCUCGCCUGUGUGAGGUCGUUUAGUGUGACGUGUCCGAACAGGAGGGAGGUUACAUCAAAAUGGAUCUGAGUGAGGGAGAGGAGCUGGUGUAGAGUUCCCUCUCGCUAAUCCCACCUCAGGUUUCCAUCCGGUGUAUUUAACACUGCUGUGUACAAGUUGGGUUUUACCUCUUCUCUAAGUGCCUUGCUAAAGUUUCUUCCACUGUUAAACCCGACAUCCGUUGCGGGUGUAUUUGUUAAUGUAUGUAAUGCCUUACAGCCCUGUUUGCUGCAGCUGGUUUAACUUAUAAUGUGUCCUUUUAAAAAUUUGGCCUUUUAAAAAUUUUACCUAAUGCAAAAUGGCAGCAUAAUUGCAACAUUCUUAGCACUUUAUCUUCACAAGCAUUGGAAUAAAUAAUCGCUUCACACUUGAUGCAGAACCAAAAGGAGAAGAGAGACUACAUGAAGCUUUACUGGUAUCAGAUCUGUAAAUCAUCGUAAUGCACCCCUGAACUCCCGCAUGAGGAAUAAAAGUGAAACUUUCAAA